UUACAUGAAUACAGGUAGGCAAAAAAAAACAACACGGUUCACGUUUAUAAUAGUAUGAGAGCUUUGUCUGGCUACAUUCUGGGUACAGAUAUGGGUUUCAGUUCUAUUUCUUCAGCUUUUUCUUUUUGGGCAGUUAUAUUUUCUGUGCUGGUGGCUGCUAACACAUCUAGUGAAAACGCAAAAACGGUGGAGUUUAACGUUAAACCCGGAGGUGUGGUGCAUUCAUUUUCGGAGAAAAUUAAAGAGUAUGAAUGCACCUUCACCUAUGCGUCUCAAGGAGGAACCAAUGAGCAAUGGCAGAUGAGUGUGGGUUUGAGUGACGACGACAGGCUCUUCUCUUGCUCAGUAUGGAGGCCCCAGGGGAAAUCCUACCUGUUUUUCACGCAGUUCAAAGCCGAGAUUAAAGGAGCGAAGAUUGAAUACGCCAGUGCAUACUCCCAGGCAGCUGUCGGAGGUUUAAAGGAUGUGGCUCUGAAAGCAGAAGAGUAUGUCAUUGGUGACUCCACAGUGACUCACAAAGAUGGAAAAUUCCGGGCUGAACUCUCCAAACUGACCAUCAUCGGUAGGACACGUCAUGACGAACUCUGAUUGGGUGAACUCUGAGAUGCUUAUCCUAAAAAAAAAAAUGCAAGGGGAAUAAAUAGAUGGAUGUGGCUCCAGUCCCAGAGGCUUUGUUACUGAACUUUGUUCUCUGACAUCAUUGCGCAACGGAGAUUUCGCCAGAAGAAGAGAUGUUUUUUUUUUUUUUUCUUCCUCCCGUUGUUGGAUUCUUCCACUUUUCAAAAACAAGCUUUAGCAUCAUCCACCUGUGCCUGAAAGGGAUAAAAAGAAUCAAGAGGAUCUACUUUUCUACCACACUUUGACACAUUAUUUAGAUUUUCGAUUAUCAUGAUCCGGGGUGUAACAGUGGAAACAGGUUUUAAUAAAUAAGUUAAUUGUG